UCUGAGUCCAAAAUAUAGAUAAUUUUAAUGGCGCGGUGUGGAAAUUAAAAUCGUUUAUAUUACGGUAAAAUUGAAUAAAAGCUUAGUCUAUCUAAUUAUUAAAGUUUAUUUAACUCCAACUCAGCAAAAUGUUUCAAGAUGACGUUGUUGCAGAAGACCAAUCGAAAAGAUUUAAAGGAAAACAUUCUUUAGACAGUGACGAGGAAGAUGAUGAAGUUGAUAAAUAUGACGUUCUCAAAGAAGACGAUAUUGAAGGACAGGAAGAGGCAACCAUAGACUUUGAUGAAGGGGUCCAGAUAACCCCAUUUAAUAUGAGAGAAGAAAUGGAAGAAGGGCAUUUUGAUAAAAAUGGAACAUAUAUUUUUGAUAAAAAGGAUCAAAUACAAGACAGCUGGAUGGAUAAUAUUGAUUGGGUCAGAGUCAAAGAACGCGAAAAAAACUCAAAAAGAAAGAUGGAUGAGGAUAGUGAUGAAGACGAUGCACCUCUGGACAAAAAACACAUCUAUACAGAGAUGUUAAAAAUUCUUGAACCAGGUGAAAUGGUCACUAAAGCUUUAAGAAGAUUGGGUGGUAAUAAAGGCAAGUUUCAAACAGCAAGUCAAAGAUGGAAGGCAAAAAAACUAAAGGGAAAUAAAUCUGCGACUAACGAAUCUGAAGCUGACGCUGGUAAUAAAGAAAAGUUAUUAGAAUUAACCAGUUUAGCUGAUAGACUGAUCUCUGAUGGUGAUAUGGAAGCUUAUGAAUUAACUUUUGAAAAAAUUAAUUAUUUAUUGAAACAUAAAAAUCCUAAAGAGAAAGUGAAGUUUGAAAUUCCCCAAGAUGCUGAUUCUGAUGAUGCUUUAGAUAUGUUUGCUGACAAUUUUGAUGAAACUGAGAAAAGGGAUAAAGCUGAACCUGAGAGUAAAAGUGCCUCUAAUGGUAUUUAUAUAAUUUAA